AUGUCAGAUUGCAAAGGAAAAAACGUUGUUCCUGUUGAUGAAACUUUGCUUGAGAAGAAAGAUAAAGAAAUAAAACAUCUUCGUAAACAAAUUUCCGCAUUACAAAAUGAAGCGAUUAGAAGUUUUACUGAAGCCAUUCAUUACAACGAAAGAAUCCUCUAUAAUGUUGUCGCUUAUCAUGAUCGAGUUGCCUCUUUUCGUGAAGAUGGUGGUGGUUGUAUGACUAUAAGAAAUCAAUUAAUAGCUUCGCAAGCUAUUCUUGCCGAUGCUAGAGACGCAAUGUUAAGUUAUACUUCAAUUGGUUUUGAAGACCAAGAACAACAAUGCGGUGAUGAGGAUGAUAAAGAAUCCAUUAAAAGUAUCACGACUUCCAUUACAAAUAAAGAAGGUCGUCGAGAAGGUGGAUUUUUUACUGAUACCUUUAAAGAUACCCUUAAGGAUCCUCUUAAAAAUCCUUUGAUUACUGAAUCACUUAGAGCUACUCCCAGUCAAUCUUUUGUUGAAUCGUUAAAGGAACUUACCGCUAAACUUGCUUUACGUCAAUCUAAUAAUACGAAUACAAUUACUAAUAAUACCGCAACAACUUCUCAACAACCGCAAACUCCUGAAUCCUUGGUCACCAAUUUAGUAACAUCUCCUGAAGCAACAAAACAAACACCCAAGAUUGCAAUUCCAGCAGUUUACGUUGGUGUUUUUAAAAUUGAUAUUCCUCCUGCUGUUAUCAAGAAAUCUUUGAGUGAUAUGUUUGGAGAAGUAAUUGCUGUUGCAAAAUAUCGUCAUAGAGAUCAUGCGUUCGCGUAUUUCUCCAAGUGGGAUUCUUAUCAUGAAGCAUUGAGUCAAGGUGGAAUCGUUAUCUCUGGUCAAAUGUUAUCCAUUAAGAAAUCAGAACAUGCUCCACGUCCAGGUUCAUUUGAUUGGUAUCGAUUUCGUAGUGCUUAUGAAAAUAAUAAGGAGUCACUUAAAAUAGGACUUUCUGGUCCACCCGGAGUGGGAAAGUCAACUUUUAUUGAACGUUUUGGAAUGUAUAUAUUAUCUCAAAAUCAUCGUUUAUCUGUUCUUGCAGUUGAUCCAUCUUCAUCACGAACUGGUGGAUCAAUUUUAGCAGAUAAAACCAGAAUGUCAGAAUUAUCGCAGCAAGAAGACGCGUACAUUCGACCAUCACCUAGUCGUGGUGCACUUGCCCGUAAUACGAGUGAAGCUAUAAUUUUAUGUGAAGCUGCAGGAUAUGAUGUCUGUAUAGUAGAAACCGUUGGUGUAGGUCAAUCUGAAAUCAUGGUAGCAGACAUAGUUGAUAUGUUUGUUUUAAUGGUUCCACCAGCAGGUGGUGAUGAAAUACAGGGAUUGAAAAAAGGCAUAGUUGAAAUUUCUGAUCUUGUGAUUGUAAAUAAAGCUGAUGGACCAUUAGCUAAUUCUGCAAAAGAAGCAGCAGCAGAGUAUACAAGUGCUUUGAAAUAUCUUAAUCCUAUUUCAACAUAUUGGAAACCUCAAGUAUAA